UACUGCUACCUGCUGAUUGCUAUCUCUCUCUCUCUCCGUGCACAUCCCACUACGCCUUGGGUCACCUCAGCGCCUCCAGGCAGGGGGGUUUCACGGCGGCGGAGGAUGGACACCGCCAUCGGUGCCGCAAAGUGGGUGCUGGGCAAGGCGCUGGCCCCCGUCACGGAUGGCUUGCUGGAGGCCUGGGCGGCUAGCGCCAAUCUCGAUCACAACAUCGACGCCCUCAAGAUGGAGCUGCUGUAUGCGCAUGGGAUGCUCGAGAACGCGCAGGGCAGGGGCGUCCGUGGCGUCGCGCUCAAGGAGCUCCUGCGCAAGCUCGAGCAGCUGGCGUACGGGGCAGAUGAUGUGCUGGAUGAGCUGGAGUACUUCCGCAUCCACGACGCCCUUCAUGGAACCUACCAUGCCGCCGACGUGAAUGCCGUGGGUUCCGUCCAUGCCAUCCGCAUCAAUGCUGAACACACGGCAAGGCAUGUCACCAGCAAACUCUUGGGUGCUCCUAGCCAUGGUGGUGACCAAGAAAGUGAUCCUAGUGAUCACCAAGAAAGUGAUCCCGGUGAACACCAAGAAAAUGAUGGCAAGCAACGAUGCCUCUCUGGCAUACGCUUGUGUGGCAGGCGGGGCAUCAGCUCCUCGUCACCGACGCCCGCCAACAAGGGGGGUGUCAAGAAGGUUGAUGGCAGAUGCAUGCCCAAGGUCAUCUCAAGUGCUCGCAACGCUGCCCACACAUUCGGUAAACACUUUCCAUGCUACUCUCCUAUAUCUGCCCACCAUGAUAAUCCUCAAGCCCAUGUGACUGUUCAAACCAAAAAUGAUGAUCCUCAAGCUAUCAUGCCGGAGCUUGCAAACCAUAGCGAUUGCGAAGAAUUGAAGUUUAAUAGGGUCCAAAUGUCUCAAAUGAUGAUGGACAUGGUAGUGCAGCUAAAGGAAGUAUGUGCUAAGGUCUCCAUAAUUCUUAAUCUAAAUUUGUUGGGCUCCAACUGCACUCACACCAAAGAAAUUGCUAUAAACAGAUCCAAAACCACAUCAGAGAUUGUAGAACCUGAUUUUUACGGGAGGGAUGACCAAAAGAAGAAAAUUGUAGAUGUCAUUAAUAGUCACGAGUACUCUUUCAGUCAACUUAACGUGCUUCCAAUUUUUGGAAUUGGGGGUAUUGGAAAAACAACUUUUACGCAACACAUAUGCCAAGAAAUGAGUAGCUAUUUCCAGGCUUCAAUUUGGGUAUGUGUCUCUCUUGAUUUCAGUGCAGAUAGGUUGGCACAAGAGAUAGUCAACAAAAUCGCUAAAGUUGAUGGUGAAAAGAAGAAUGCUAGUGCCGAAGAACUUAUCCAACAAAGAUUAAAAGGUAAGAGGUUUUUACUCGUCUUGGAUGAUAUGUGGACAUAUCGAGAGGAUGAGUGGAAAAAACUAAUAGCACCUUUGAAAAAGGUUGAGUCCAAGGGUAAUUUCAUUAUAGUCACAACUCGAAUACCAAUGGUAGCAGAAAUGGUUAAGACAACCAAUUGUGAACUAGAACUGGAAAGACUAGAUGAUGCAGAUACCAUGCGUUUCUUUGAAGCAUGUGUAUUUGGUAAUGAGCUAGAACCAUGGGGAAAACAUCCUGCUGCAUUACAUGAAACUGGUCAUGAAGUAGUGCGCCAUUUGAAAGGUUCCCCUCUUGCAACUAAAACUGUAGGUAGAUUACUACGAAACCAACUUACUUUGGACCAUUGGAAAAGAGUUCUAGAAAGCAAAGAAUGGGAAUUAGAAACCAGUGAGAGUGACAUCAUGCCAGCCCUCAAACUUAGCUAUGAUUUUCUCCCUUUCCAUUUAAAACAGUUGUUUGUGUAUUGUGCUUUAUUUCCCGAAGAUUACGAAUUUGAUACCAAGGAGUUAGUUCAAUUGUGGAUAGGACUAGGUAUUUUGCAUCCAUUUGACCAGAAUAGAAGAACUGAAGAUGUUGGACUAGACCAUUUGCAUGAGUUGGUCAAUUACGGAUUUUUCAAAAAAAACAAAAAAGAAGAUGGUCGUUAUUUUUAUGUUGUUCAUGAUCUAUUGCAUGAAUUGGCCACAAAGGUAUCGUCAGAUGAGUGUGUUAGCAUAUGUAGUUCUAAUGUCAGGUCCAUACACAUCUCCCCAUCUGUACGUCACUUAUCCAUAAUUGUAGAUGAUAAAGAUGUUGAUGAUAGAAUGACUUUCGGUGACUAUAAAGAUGAUUUGAGUGCAUUAGGGAAAAGAUUAAAAGUUGAAAACCUACGUACUCUGAUGGUGUUUGGGCGAUACCAUGGUAGCUUCACGAAGACCUUUGCUCAUCUAUUUAAAAAAGCUAAAGCCCUUCGUACUAUUUUUCUAUCUGGAGCAUCAUACUCUAUAGAGGACAUUCUGCAUAAUUUUUCAGAAACCAUCCAUCUUCGUUACCUAAGGAUCGAGCCAAGCGAUGAUAGAUGCAACAUCGACUUACCGAGUAUGUUGUUCAGAUUUUAUCAUCUAGAGAUAAUAAAUUUUGAAAAGUGGAACGACCCUGUUUCAAUAAAACAUAUCACCAACCUGGUAAAGCUUCGUCAUUUUAUUGUGCCAGAAAAUAUGCCUCAAGUUCAUUCUGACAUAUCUGAGGUGGGAAAACUUAAACUGCUUUCAGAAUUAAGAAGAUUUCAAGUUCGAAAUGAUUGUACUGGUUUCGAAAUAAGUCAGCUCACGCAGUUAACAGAGUUGGGAGGGUCACUUGGCAUCUAUAAUCUUGAAAAGGUGCCAAAAAAGGGGGGCCGGGAUAAGGAAAUAAGACCAAUACAUAGGAACCACUUGCGUGAACUAACAUUAGAGUGGGAUGUGGAACGAUCUAACAGGGAACCAACAAGAGAAGAAAAUGUUAUUGAAAAUCUUGUACCACAUAGUGACCUUCGAGAUCUGUGCAUUACAGGACACGGAGGUACUAGUUGCCCAAGAUGGCUAGGUGAUAACCUCUUGGUCAAAAAUUUGGAAUCUCUUCACUUGGCUAAUGUAUCUUGGAAAACUUUUCCACCAUUAGGAGAGUUCUGGUCGGUCCAUGAGCCCCAUGGUGAGUGCAAGGGUUGCAUCGCAAGCCCAAGCUUUCAAAAAAAUUGUCUCAAAAAACAAGGCUUUCAAAAUUUGAAAAGGCUAGUGUUUGUUAAGAUACCAAAACUGAAAAGGUGGGCUGGAAAUCAAAAUUGUGGCUUCUUCCUCCACCUGGAAGUGGUCAUUAUUGAAGACUGCCCUGAACUUAUAGAGUUGCCGUUUUCAUGUUCUACUUGCUCUCAGCCAGAGCAGGAAGGAGAGAACAUGACUUGGUUCCCUAGACUAAGAAAGCUCAGGAUUGUAGGAUGCCCAAAGCUGAGGACAAUGCCUGCUAUCCCCUGGACUGAUAGUCUAUGCUCCAUUGAGAUAGAACAAACAGGCUCAAUUGAGGAGCUCACUUACUCAGAACCAAAAUUAAGUUUGGACAUUUACGCAGCGGAUGGUACAAGUAGCUUGUUUCCGAAAGAGUUGGCUUUCUGUAAUUUGAGUGCACUAAAAAUAUUGAAUCUACACAAUUGCCCUCCUUUGCCGUUGGAUAAAAUCCAAAUGCUAACAUCUCUGCGGGAGCUCACUAUAAGUGGUCGGUCGAGUAUUGUCCUGUCUCCAGUCGGAGGCGAGGGCCAUGUCCUGUGCCAGGUUCCAGUUGAAAACCUCACAAUUUAUGGAAGUGGUGCUAGCGGGAAAGAAUUGACUCAACUGCUCUCUCAUUUUCCGAAGCUCACCGGCCUGGCCAUAUAUGAUUGCGAAAAGAUAACAGAACUUGGUGUGUCAGAGCGGCAGAGUGGAGCACAGCAGCAAGAGACAAAAGAAGAGGAGGAAAUAGUGGCGACGGCAGAAGGAGGACUGCUGCUCUUGCCUACCCAACUACAGAAGCUGAUAGUCGAAAAUUGCCAUGAGCUGAGAAUAGUCCCCAAUUUAGGGGGCGACAACAACGAAGCAGCAGGAGGUCUCCAGCGUCUACACUCCCUCCGCCAAGUGCGCGCAGGUUGCCCCAAGUUGCUUUUCUCCUAUUCGGGCUCGAGCUCCUCGUCUUGUUUCCCUUUCCCGGCCUCCCUUGAAAAACUCUGCCUAUCCAAUCUUAAAGAAUUCAACAAUCUGGCCCUCACAAACCUAUCCAACCUGGAAGAACUCGAGCUUUGGGGCAUGGAGGACCUCACAAACCUAAGCGUCAGCCGUUCCUCAAAACUACAUACCCUAUCCAUAUAUAACUCCCCAGGAGUUCUUCCUGUGUCCAUCUGCAGCCUCAUCUCCACCUCUCUCACCAAAUUGAGCAUUUAUGGUUGCAAAGAGGUGGAGCCCAUCCCAGGAGAGGCCCUCCUGGUUCUCACCUCCCUCCAAGAGCUCGCAUUUGGUUACUGCCAGAAAUUGCAGUUCCUCCCUGCAGGACUACAUACACUUGCCAGCAUCAACUACUUGUGUAUCUUUGAAUGCACAUCCCUCCAGUCGCUGCCCAAGGACUGCCUCCCGAGUUGUCUGCAGAGAUUACAGAUCUCCAAUUGUCCUGAGCUGGAAUUGCUUCCCACUUUUUCGGACGGCCUCCGAACUUCUCUGCAAAAAUUGGAGAUCGCGAAUUGUCCUGCCAUAAAAUCAGUGCCCAAGGACGCCCUCCCGAGUUCUCUGCAGGAAUUACUGAUCCGGGAGUGUCCUGAAAUCAAAUCGCUUCACAAGGAUGGGCUUCCCAAAUCCCUGCGAGCACUACAUGUCCGUGAUUCCGAAAGCGAGGAGCUUAAAAGGCAGUGCCGCAGCUUGAUAGGGACAAUUCCAGUAAUCAUGGCCUGAAGAAUCCUUCCAAGGGCUCUCUUUUUGUCUUUUUGAUUGGUUCAUCAUCAGCCUCGUACAAUUCUCUCUGGAUACAAAGUGUAGUUCGUUCUCUGGCUCUCAUCAGUUUUUCCCAGUGCAAGCACAAGACUUCAGUCUGUAUCAUCCAUGAUGUACGUAAUCAUCCCGAUUUUGUCAUCUUUCGCGGUGUAGCAAGCUUAAGGGACAAUUCCAGUAAAUCAAACACUGGUGGCCGGAGAUAUGUGUGCAAGGGCUGCGGCGGCUUGACAAAUUUUGCGAAGAAAGCUGUUAUAGGGAGGGGGAGGAAUAUAGUUUUUGCCCCCUAGAAAUUCAUAUCCCCACCGCCCACACCCACAGACAAUCAACCUUGUGUAGCUCCUCCACUGAAGUCAAAUCUGGCCAAUCCAAAGAGCUCUAUCUAGGAGUUGCACAGUUUUGAGCCCUUCAAGGAAUCACUCUGUCCAUCCAUGCACACUUCUCACUUGUAGUAUUCAGUCCAACACUUGUAGGAUUCCUAUAAAGUGUUAUGAUCUGAUGUAGGAGCUCUACAAGUUUCACUACAAGGAAAUGGAUCAUAAUUACUACAGCAACAUAAAGUCCCAUAAAUUCAUCAUGUGACAUUUUGAAGUUCUGCUGAAUCUCAUAAAAAAUUCUGAAGUUUUCUCAGUAUAGGAAAGGUUCUGUGAACCACCAGCAAUGAUUUACAUGCUGCAAAGCUGUUUACGAUGCAAACUGUCCUCACUAAUGGGUGAUGCAUUAUCAAUCUCGGUAAAAGGUUGGUCCUGUGGGUUAAGGCAGACCUGGUUCUCCUGGUAAGUAAGUUGUCAUGACAUAGUUGAGUUCAGUCCAGCUGAAGAGAUGCUAUCCUGGAGGAUCUCAAUCUGCAUCUUCCAUUCUGUCCAUAAUCUGGGCUCUCUAUCUUGGAGUUGUACAUUUUUCUACCCUUUUAAGACUCAUGCCAUCCAUGCAUGAUGCAUAGUUCUCACAAGAUGGUCUUGUGUUAUUUUCUUCAGGCAUAUAAAUCUGGUGUUCUUAUAUUCGCUCUGCAAUGCUUCAAAUUACUUUCGUUAAAAUCUUCGUGGUAACUCAUGAAGACAUGGUUUUCAAGUUCGCUACACUUCCACAACCUUUUCAUACAGUUUACAUCUUCAGGUUUGCAUUUCAUCGUGACAAGAUGCCCUCCAAGCCGAUCAUCCUUUUAUCUUAUGUUGCUAGCCUCAUCGGUACUUGGCAUUGCAUUUCCUACAUUGGGAUCUAGCAUACUCCGCCAGUACAUCCCAACCAUUGUGGAGUUUCUCACUAAAAAAAGAGUGAGAUGUGAGAGGUAAGAAACCAAGGUUGAUAGAACAGUUGAAUCAACCGUGAGAGGGAAAAAAAGGCUAAAAGGUAAAAUGACCAAAAAAAGGAAAAAAAAAAGAGAGAAACUCCCGUUAAGCCACUUCAGUUUUCCAAAGAGUCCACCAUAUCUACCUAUCAUAGCACCUCCUCAUUUGCUAUUCCAAGUAGUGGAUCCUUUUGCCAUGCACAUUUGAAUUUUGCUUUGUACAUCUUUAAAGGAGGCAUAAUAGUCAUCAUGUUUAGCGCUUUCUAAAUUCACCAACCAUUUUAUGCCUCGCUUUUAUUUUCAUAUAUAUAAGAGCUUCCGUCGGCACCUAUCAAUCUUUUGUAGGGCAGAAAAAGAAAGAAAAAUGGAAAAGAAAGAAAGAAAAAAAGAAAAAAGAAAAAGAAAGAAAGAAAGAAAGAAAAGAUAAAAGAAAGAAGUAGAAUAAGAUAGGUGC